CACGUCAUGAGGCAGGCCGGCUUGGGUUUCCGGCGCGCGCUUCCGGCGGUCCCAGCCGGAUGGGAUCGUGGUAGUUGACACAUAGUAGGAUCUACAUGUUGUGGUGAUACGACAUUAGCACUAUAUAAGCUUCAGGUCGUGGCUGUAGAAGAAGGCUUGUUUGUCCAUGAGUUACGUCUUGCAGCAGUGUGAUAACCAAAAGAGCAAUUCUGACCACCUCGAACCUGAGCCCGACUACUCCUCUAGUCUUCCAGUGUAUUCGACCUCUCUGCCCAAGCCACACUAAAGAUCAAGGCAACAUGCAGCUUCCCAGCCUUUUCGGCAUGACAGCACUGGCUGGCCUAGCCAGCGCUGCUGUGCUCCCCCGGACCGGCACAACAGACAUACAGUUCUGCACGGCGUCCACCUACGCCACAGGAGCAUGCCCCUAUGCCCAGCCAACAGCCGGUGCUGGCACAUGUGGUGCGCUGUCAGUUGAAGCGAACGUCUGCUACACCUUUGCAGACUUCCCCUUGGCCCCAGCUGCGCUCAUCGGCGAUGUGAACUAUGUCGAGAUCCCAAGCGGGGGAUCCAUCACAGGCUGUAACCUGUACAAAACCACGGAUUGCACCGUCACACCUGACCAGUCCUGGGCGGCCACCGAGGUUGGAGGCACGGAUCUGACAUGCCGCAAGCACCUCACUGCGAACAUUGUCAGCUGGAUCUGUGCCUAGGAGAGGAAGGGAGGGAACGGAGCUUUUCACCCUAAUGUGUCAAAGGUGAGGGCUUGAGGGUAUGUGGUGGAAACUUGGAGUAACGACUACCUAUGUGUCGCUGCUGGUCGAAAUAAUACAUAGGCAGUAUGCCCUUUCCAGCCAGCAGAACACCAUAUAUCCAACAUUCGUUCCUGUUCAUAGUCUGUAUAAGGUUCCUAAGGUUUGUAGGCCUUAAACAUAAGCUGAGAUGGUGCUCACGUUGAGGACUUCGGUCAGCCGGGCUGUCAAGACUCUGCGGGGUCUGUGGCCAAGCCCAUCUGCCCGUCGACAGCUGUGGGUACGAGGGAAUGCCGGUGCCCUGGUGGUUGGUAAGCUUGGCGAUGCCUUCAGGUCUAUCCAUCCAGACUGGGCUCCGUGCCAGGCUGUGGCCCCCCGCCUCUCUCUCCAAGGGCCAAGGGCAGUGUGUGGACGACCAACCACGUGGGGGACGCCCAGCUCUUGGCCGCCUUCUCAAAUGCCAUCUUGUGACCUUACUUUCUAACCUUCUCAGUAGUCGUGAGAAGUAUUGUGUUGGCUCCCGCGCCGAAAAUGGAGAUGACUACUGAUGAUAAAGACGGUCAGCGAUGGCAUUG